AUGGCCCAAUUUGGCAAGAAAAAAGAGGAUAAAGGUGUAAAAAGUGAUCAGAAGGGAAACUCCAAGCAAAGUACACUCAAAGAAGUUGACCUAGAAAAGAUGAAGGAGGAACGGGAAAGGAUCGAUGCAAAGCAUCAGGAACUACGUCAGAAGCAGAUCAGGGGACUUGCUGAGUAUUCCACAGUUCCUAUGGGAGCCCCGCCUGAUCUUGAUGAUGAUGAGACAGACCCAAAUUACGCACGAGUGAAUCACUUCCGAGAAGUAUAUCCAGUUAUCAACUCCUACCAGCUUUCUUCUCCACCUGUUUCUGAAGCUUAUGGUGGGUGCAAUAAUCCUGCAGCACCUCUGGACAGGGACCACUUAGAAGGAUUAUAUGCAAGGAUAAACAAGCCAUCCCACCAGCAUGCUCCUGUUGAGAGUGAUCGUCCAUCUAUUGGAACUGCUGAUCGCAUCCAGAAGUUACGUAAAGAGUAUCAUCAGGCAAGGAGAGAAGGUGUACCUUUAUAUGAUGAAGAGGAAGGUAGAGGAAGAUCAUCUGAUUAUGAUCAGCAUUGGGUGUCUGGAAAAGGUCCAGAUGAGACUCCACACCACCUCCAGUUUGAAGGCAUAGAAAGACAGUAUGCAUCCUUACCCAGGCAUGGAUCUGUAGAACCAAUGGAAUAUUUAACAGGACUACGGAUAGCACACAAAGACAGAGAUCUUCACUACCCUCCUGCAAGCCAACCUGCAAUUCACCCCUCCAAAGGGAGCUACCUUCAUCCACCAGAUGGCCCAAGAGCAACAGAGUUAUGGUAUUCACCAUAUUUCCCACCACAGCCAGUAAUUCAGCACAAAGGACCUCUCCGCCAAGAUGUACCACCAUCCCCACCACAAGGCCACAGAGCUCCACCUUAUAAUGAGGUGGGCAGAAUAGGACACAGACAAAGCACUCCUGAUCAGUACCAAUGCAGGUACCAAGAUCCAAGGCAGAAGGACUCGGUGACUGCAGCUGUAUAA